AGCAGGGAUGAAAGGAGUUGAGAGGGCCUGGCCCUCACUGAGGACACCGUGUCCCCAGCGGCGGCAGCGGCGGCGGACACAGAGAAGGCGGCUGGAACGCGCCACUGACAGAUGUUUACUUCUGGACGCAGCGGGACAGCGACGGCAGCCCCCUACCUGGGGUUUGCGGGAUCCAGACGCCUCCCAGGGCCCCUUAUAGACCCUCUAGGAACUCCGACGGCUCCCCUUCGGAACAGCCCCAAGACGUCUACUAACCGUACCCCACGGUUGCCCCACGCAAGUGCCUGUGACUUCAGCGACGCCCACUCUUGAAAACACCGGCUGAUUGCAGCUUAAGAGCAGGCAAUUUGCGAGCCCGCGAAACUGAGUCUUACGUGACAGCUGAGGCCCUACCCGGGUGUAGGCUCCACCCCUGCGACGUAACCAGCGAAGAUUACGUCCUGACGUCAUUGAAACAUUCGGCGCACAAGCACUUCCUCAACGUAGCCAGGGCCGACACACGCGACCCGGAAGGCCUUCCACUCACACUCCAGCUCGGGCGACAGAAGCGCCGAUGGCGGAGGGAACAUUGGAGAUACCAGCAGAGAAUGGUAGUGGCGGCGGCGACUCAGGAGCCAGCGCGUCGGAACGGGGCGUGGCGCCCAUUAAACCUCAAUACCUCACCACCAAGGAGCAGUUUCACAAAUUCCUAGAAGCCAAAGGGCAGGAGAAGCCUUGCCAGGAAACCGAGGUUGGAUACCCUGGUGGCAAUGACCUGGCUGAACCUGAAGCCAAGCGGAUCCGCCUGGAGGAGGGACAGACAGAUGAGGCAGCUGAGCAUGGGGAACAGCUGCCGGCUCAUAAGAGGGCCCGGGGGCAGAACAAAAGCCGGCCCCACAUGAAGCCCACACACUACGACAAGAACAGGCUCUGCCCCUCCCUGAUCCAGGGGUCGGUGGCUAAGUGCUUCUUUGGUGACCGCUGCCGAUUCCUGCAUGAUGUGGGCUGCUACCUGGAGACAAAGCCAGCUGAUUUGGGCCCCCGCUGUGUGCUAUUUGAGACCUUUGGCAGGUGCCCUUAUGGUGUGACCUGCCGUUUUGCCAUGGCCCAUAUGGGGCCUGAGGGCCAGAACCUGGUACAGGAGGAUCUGGUGGUCCGCUGGGCCCACCUCUCACCUGUUGUCUGCAACGGCCUGGACAGAACCCUGCAGCAGCAGCUACGGAAGCGCGAGAUCCGCUUCGAGCGAGCAGAGCAGACCCUGCGCCAGUUAAGCCAGGACUCCCCACCUGCUGCUGCUCUCCUUGAGGUCACGGUGGCUGAGGGUGCUCCAGGGCACAACAAGGCCCAGGAGGCACCUUUAGCUCUGGGCACUGGCACCCCUCCCAACACCCUUCCUGUGCGGACCUGUGGGCCUCUGACAGAUGAGGACAUCAUCAGGCUGCGGCCCUGUGAAAAGAAGCAGCUGGAUAUCAGUGGCAAACUGUAUCUGGCCCCCCUUACCACGUGUGGGAACCUGCCCUUUAGGCGGAUCUGUAAACGCUUUGGGGCAGAUGUGACCUGUGGGGAGAUGGCUGUCUGCACUAACCUCCUGCAGGGACAGAUGUCUGAGUGGGCUCUGCUCAAACGCCACCAGUGUGAGGACAUCUUUGGUGUUCAGCUGGAGGGUGCCUUCCCUGACACCAUGACCAAGUGUGCUGAGUUGCUGAACCGCACCAUCGAGGUGGACUUUGUGGACAUCAAUGUCGGCUGCCCCAUUGACCUUGUGUACAAGAAGGGUGGGGGCUGUGCCCUCAUGAAUCGCUCCACCAAGUUCCAGCAGAUUGUCCGUGGCAUGAACCAGGUGCUGGAUGUGCCACUGACUGUGAAAAUCCGCACUGGUGUCCAGGAACGUGUGAACUUGGCACACCGCCUGCUGCCUGAGCUGUGGGGCUGGGGUGCAGCCCUCGUCACGCUCCAUGGCCGCUCUCGGGAGCAGCGUUACACCAAGCUGGCCGACUGGCAGUACAUCGAGCAGUGUGUGAAGGCAGCCAGCCCCAUGCCUCUGUUCGGAAAUGGGGACAUCUUGUCAUACGAGGACGCCAACCGUGCCAUGCAGACUGGCGUUGCUGGGAUCAUGAUUGCCCGUGGUGCCCUGCUGAAGCCUUGGUUAUUCACGGAGAUCAAGGAGCAGCGGCACUGGGACAUAUCAUCAUCUGAGCGCCUGGACAUCCUGCGGGACUUCACAGACUAUGGCCUGGAGCACUGGGGUUCCGACACACAGGGUGUGGAGAAGACACGGCGCUUCAUGCUUGAGUGGCUCUCCUUCUUGUGCAGGUAUGUGCCCGUGGGUCUGCUGGAGCAGCUCCCACAGAGGAUCAAUGAGCGUCCCCCCUACUAUCUGGGCCGCGACUACCUGGAGACUCUGAUGGCUAGUCAAAAGGCUUCUGACUGGAUCCGCAUCAGCGAGAUGCUCCUUGGACCAGUACCCCCUAAUUUCGUUUUCCUGCCAAAGCACAAGGCCAAUGCAUACAAAUAGCUGUGGAUGCCAAGGUUGGGCGGGGGCCUUCUGAGGGCCCCCCCAAGGACAUGGAGAGGACAAUAA